AUGGCAGUACGUGUAGCCAUCGACAAUCUCGAAGACAGUGGAGUUUUUACACACGCACUUCGUGAGUGGCGCAGCAAAACACUAGUGCAACAGGAAUCUCUCGCCCUUCUCCAGACACACUUCAAAGCUGCCGACAAGGAAAGACGCCGAAUCCUUACACCAAAGGACGUGGGCUACGCAAACAAAGCAAGCGACAAACCCAUUCACGAAGCCAACAGUGCCGUUAUCCCGAAUGGAAAAGGAAAACCGAUGUACUAUUGUUGGUCGCACGGACUUGGCACCAACAGCAACCACACAAGCAAAAAGUGCACCAAGAAAGCACCAGGACAUCGUGCUGAAUCCACAGCCGAUGACAUGUUGGGAGGCUGUUGCAUUAUCCGUCGCAAAGCAGGAGAACGAGCGGUCUACCGUCGCCCUCAGCGCGAGCGCCAAGGCAAUGACGAAAAUCGUCAGCCACCAACCAACCCCUGAUCACGAAGGGAGCCAAUUCAAAAGGAACAAC